CCACAACAAUAAAUUGAAAGGAAGCAAAGACCACGUCAUAUAGUCCAACACCCAAAAACCCUAACUCAAAUCCUCGCUCUUUCCGCUGUUCACAUCAUAAACCCUAUAUUCUUCACCUUUUACUUUUUUUUUUUUUCUUUCUUUCUGUCUCUUUUACUCUUUCUCUUCUUUUCCACACACCUCCGUUUUCAAUUUUCAACCCUUCUUUCCAAUUUCUCUCUGGUUCAUUCACCACAAACCCAUUCGAGGGAAGAAGGGUAUUUAAUUUAAUUUAAUUUAUUAUUUUUUAUUUGAUUAAUUUGGCGGUGUGUGAGAAUGGGAACGGUGGUUGAAGGAGGACAGAGAGUUUUGAAUAAUCAACAAUCACAGAUUGGAACUGUUUCUCAGCUUUUAGCUGGUGGUUUGGCUGGUGCUUUUGGAAAAACAUGCACUGCUCCUCUUUCUAGACUCACCAUUCUUUUUCAGGUGCAAGGUAUGCAUUUUGAUGUCGGCCAUGUUGCAACACUGAGCAAGACUAGCCUUUUGUACGAGGCUCAACGUAUUGUCAAAGAAGAAGGAUUUAGGGCAUUUUGGAAAGGCAAUUUGGUUACAAUAGCUCAUCGUCUCCCUUAUUCUGCAGUCAAUUUCUAUACGUAUGAAUGCUACAAGAAUCUAUUGCAUUCUGUUCUGGGGGAGAAUCAUAGAGCAAAGGCUGGUAGUGAUGUCUUUGUGCACUUUGUCAGUGGUGGUUUGUCAGGUAUGACAGCUGCCUCGACCUUAUAUCCUUUGGAUUUAGUAAGAACACGACUUGCAGCACAGAGAAAUGUCAUAUACUACAGGGGAAUCUCCCAUGCUUUUACUACAAUUUGCAGAGAUGAAGGAUUCUUUGGAAUGUACAAGGGACUUGGUGCAACGUUGUUGGGUGUUGGGCCUUGCAUAGCUCUAAGUUUCUCCGCUUAUGAGAGCUUGCGUUCUUUUUGGAAGUCUCAAAGACCGGAUGAUUCAAAUGCUAUGGUCAGUCUUGCUUGUGGAAGUCUUUCGGGCAUUGUAUCAUCAACAGCAACAUUUCCAUUGGAUCUUGUUAGGCGAAGGAUGCAGUUAGAAGGGGUUGGUGGUCGAGCACGUGUCUAUAACACCAGUUUGUUCGGGACAUUUGGUCACAUAUUUCGUAAUGAAGGGAUACGAGGUUUGUAUAGAGGCAUUUUGCCCGAGUACUACAAGGUUGUUCCCGGCGUCGGUAUUGUUUUUAUGACUUACGAGACACUGAAGUCCCUUCUUUCCAGCUAUCAAAGUCGUUAGUAGACAGCAUUUUCCAUCAUAUAUGAUACCCAUCACUUUAGUUAUAUUCAUGGUAGGAAAUUUUGUGGUGUUGGAUUUUAUAUUUGGUAGCCACAGGCACAUUUUUGACCGUGUAUACACCAUUCGGUCACUAAUAUAAGCAAAACGUCAUUUAUUAGGUUCAUUGAAAAACUGAUGUAUCUGGUCAUUGACCAAAUACACCAGUUUUGUUUUUUGUGCUUAUUAUAGUGACCAGAGGGUGGAGUGUAGUUGUAGCUGAGAGUAAGAUCUCAAUUGUACCAAAGCGAAGUUUAGGCUGAAUAUCUUUGUAGUUGACGAUAACAAAAUAGUUUUUUUUUUUUUUUUUUCUUUCUCUUUUAACACCGCGUUGAAGUUUAUUUACUUUUUAUUUUUGACGAGUUGGACACUGCUUCGAUCUAUAUGGUGUAAACAAAAAUUGAGAUGUUGAUGUAUUGAGGAAAAUUGAGCUGUUGGUUAGGUGGGCAUUUGUAUAAGUUAACUGCAUGUGUACAAUGGACAUCUAUGGUGGCAAUCAGCUGUUCCAAUUUUUU